CACCCACCACACGCCUUUUCGCAAAGCACGAGACGAGCACAAAGGCUUCUAAUCUCUACCCCUCGUUUCAAAUCUCUUCACAUCUCGAGAUCUCUGCUAGGAUUUUUAGUAGCUCUAAAUUAUGGAGUUCCUGGAUGAAAAUAUAAGUGGUUAAUCAAGUUCAUAGCUCAGCUAGCUAUUUUGUUUUUCUUCAGUGUUUUUGCUUCUUUUGGAUCCAAUCUUCAGUUUUUUUUUUCUUCUUUUCUUGUCAAGUUCUUGUUUCCAUGGCCAUGCAAAAACUUAAGCAUUUCUCCCAUAAAUGCGAUUUGACUUCUCCGGAGAUCGUCGCAGACAGCGUCUGCAACAUAUGCUACAAAGAUGAGCCUAUCGAGUUAGCCUGUAAGUCUUGUAAUUUCGAUAUAUGUAAAUCUUGUUCCAAACUGCCGGAGAAAGUAUCUCACGAUUUCCACCCUAAGCACCCUCUAGAGUUUUGUCUACUAAAAUAUGAUCGGAAACCUAAAUACAUCAUUUGCUCCGGGUGUGGGAGCAUGUCUUCUGGCUCUUUCUACAAGUGCAAAACAUGUGAGAUCUAUUUGGAUCUGUGUUGUGCGCUCUACGAGAACAUCAUUGACGCUUGGGAUGUUGAAGAAUUGCUUCAUGACAGCCAUUGCCACUUGCUUAGGAGGUGUAGGCCAGGAUCAGAUGCCAAAGGCUCUUGCCUUCUAUGUGAGCUUCCCGUAUCUCCCUCCUCCAUAUGCUACGGAUGCGUGUAUUGUUACUCGUUCGUUCACCACAAGUGCUUUGAUCUCCCGACAGAGACUCAACAUCCCGUGCAUCCAGCACAUCCUCUCCGACGCCUUAGUUACCAACGAACAUGUCAUGUUCAAAGACGUUGUAAUGCGUGCCAUUUGAUAAUCUUGGGUGUCCCAUAUAGCUGCUUAAAAUGCAGAUUUGACCUCCAUCUAAGGUGUGCAGAUUCCUUGUUACGAGGUCUCAUGCACAAGUCUCAUAAGCACAGACUUUUUUUUGUAGCUGAUGGUGCUCGUUUUACCAUUGACAAAAGAAGCCCUUGUCAGAUAUGCAUGAACACUAAGGCCAUUUUUGUCGAUUCCUAUUAUCACUGCGUGGAAUGUGAUUUUAAGUUUCAUUUCGAGUGUCUUGGGAUACCCAAGUCUCUCGUCAAGAAAUCUUUUCACACUCAUCCACUUGUGGGCAAAAUAUUCUUAGCAAAUGACGAGUGCUUUGAGUAUUGUGGCGUGUGCGAGACAAUGGUACAUGCAGGAGCAGGACAGCAUGCUUACUCUUGCGAAGAGUGUGAUUUUCUUGGUCACAUUGGAUGCAUCCUACGCGAGGAAUAGCCGUCGCCUCUGUAUUUGAAAGAUUUAUAUUUAUGUGGUGAAGACGUCGAAAGAGAAAUUAAUCAAGACCAAGAACAAGAAGACGGCGAAACGAACAUAUUGGAAACCAAACUUCUGGUUAAUGAUCUGGUGCAUGUUCAUGUGCUGAGACCGAUCCACAUGGGGGAGCUAGACGAAAAAGAAGAGUGCAACAUAUGUACAGAAAAAAUACUUGGUAACCCAUGUAAAUGCACAUCAUGCAGAUUCCAGACACAUCAUUUGUGUGCAGAGCUGGGACAACCAUCAAAAAAUCGGCUUCUUCACUGGGAACAUCCUUUAACACUCCUGCCUAGGCCCCCUACAUGGGAGUCAAUGCACUGUAACAGCUGCAGAUCAUAUGAAGUAGGAGGGUUCAAUCUCUUCUGUCAAAUAUGCAAUUUUAUCAUUGACAUCAAAUGCGCCUUGAGAGGCAAACAUUCUCUUGGGAUGUUAGGGAAAAAAGUCAUCGGAGAAUGGAGAGGAAGUUGUUGCAUUAAGGGCAACCACGAGAUAGUUCAAGUCAUCGUAUCAAGGUCGUAUAUGACUGAUUGUGCUAUUUGUUUUGAGAAGCUCUAUGGAAAAGCACUAUCAUGUAUGACCUGUGGAGAGAUAUAUCAUUAUAGAUGUAUUCAACUCUGGAGAAGGCCACUAUUUAAUCAUCCACUUCAUUCGAAUCACAUGCUUAAAGUUAAAGCUACAAGUGCAGCCAACUGCAUUGUCUGCAAGAUGAAUAUUCCAAAGCAUGGGUAUACUUGUCAAUAUAUUUCUAAUUGCAAUAUCAGUUUCCACAUCGAAUGCAUCAAAGCUGUGGGUAUAUCAACAACGGUCAAGUUUCACAUCCACUACCUUUAUAAUUUUUGGAAGGAAGACUUACGGUUGACACAAGCCUGCAGUGUUUGUGCUAAACCAUGUGGUGUCUCCUUCUACGGCUGUGUUGAUUGUAACUUUAACGCCCAUGUAGAGUGUGUUGGGAUGGCAACCAAUGUGAAGAGCCAGCAACAUCAACAUUCUGUCGUGCAAUAUGAUAAUACUGACAAUAAGAAAAGUUGUUCUCUCUGUGGAUCAGAAUGCUCUGAUUAUAUUUACCGCUGCAAGCACUGCGACGACGUGUUUCAUAUCAAAUGCAUAAUGCCUAAGGAUGACCGUAAAGCAGCAACGGAAGAGGAACAACUUUGUGACAUAUAUCUUAUGUACAUCGAGCGGGAUCUCGUCGACGCUUAUAAAGACAGUGAACUUUACUUGGAUACUCUCUCUGAAACUUGGGAUCUUAUCAUUUAGGUGUGCUUUUUUGUAUUAUUGGUUUGUGUGUGUGAGUGACGUAAACAGUGUUAUUGUGUUGCAUAUAUUUCUGCUGUUGGAAUUCACUUUAUAUCUUGGUUUGUGUAUGUGAGUGACGUACGUAGACAGUGUUACCAAGCAAUCACCACCAAGAUAUUAAGUCUGAUUUAGUUCCUCUUUCAGAUCCAUAUCUCUCACUGUCACUAAUCACUUGUGUGCCUGUUUAAAGUAAGG